AUGACAUGCACUGAUGCACAUAAGGUAUCAUGUGCUGAAUUUAUGCUGGUUGGAGCAACAGGCCACCGGUGGGAGUCUGCUUCGCACUCCAGAACAAAAGCACAACAACGCAUUAUGAUUUGGGCACAGUUCAAAGGUGUAAUGAAAAACUACUUUCCCCAAUCACUGAGGGAUUGGAAAGAGGCAGAGUUCCUACUGUUGAAACAAGAAAAUAUGUCACUUGAUGAAUAUGAAAGAAAGCUCGAACAACUUUCUAGGUAUGCUACACACAUUGUGGAAAUCGCACAAAAGAAGGCUAGGAGGUUCAAACUUGUUUUGCGUGCAGAGAUUGGAGGAAUCAUGGCAUCUCAUACGACUACCUAUAGAUCAAGCAAACAAAAUAAAGUUACUUCACGAUGUCCUAAGUGCAACAAGGCACAUCAAGGAAAGUGCUUGUUUGAGAAAAAUGUGUGCUAUCGAUGUGACCAAGAAGGUCAUUUUACCCCGGACUACAAGACAUGUUCACCUAAGAAAGACAAUGUACAGGGCAAGAAAGUGAAAGCCAAAGUCUUUGCUUUAAUCCAGAAAGAGGCAACAGAGGAUCCGAAUGUAAUGGCAGGUUCAGGAGCUACUCAUUCAUUUAUUUCUACCGCAUUUAUUUCUAAAUCAUGUUACAUUCGAUCAAGUACAUCUCCUUGGGGUGCACCGAAUUUGUAUUUGAAGAAGAAGGACGGAUCAAUGAUAUUGUGCAUUGAUUAUAGGGAACUGAACUAA